CAUCCGUCCGAUAUCAACCCAGCCCGAAGCGCCCCCCGACACCAGAUGAGGGCCGGAGAUAGCAGGAUGGAGGCGGGGACCACCACCACCACGAGGACGAGAGGUCGGCUGAGGCGGGUCAUCGCCGCCAUCGGUGGAAGGGACCGCCGUACAACGACAGGCAGAGGAGGUCCCCGUGGGUGUGGAUGGCGGUGAUCCUGUGCAUGCUGCUGGCCAUCGGCGUCCUCGUGUUGGGCGCCACGAUGUUGGCCGUGUACUUGAUCUACAAGCCCCAGAUGCCGUACAUGGAGGUGACCAACGCGCAGCUCCUGCAGCUCGACUACAGCCCGGCCGACGGCGUCAUCAGGGACAUAAAGUUCAAGUUCGAUCUUCUGGCCAAGAACACCAACUCCAAGGUCGACACCUCCUUCUCCAGCUUCAACAUCGACGUCAACUUCAACGGCACCACCCUGCUACAGCUGAGCACCGAGACCUUCACCGUCGCCCGGGAGAGCUCCGUCACGCUGCCGUACAGCGGGGAGUCGCGCGGGACGAGGCUGGACCCCGCCGGGAUGCAGCCCAUGGAGGAGGCGGUCAGGUCCGAGCUGGUGCCGAUCACCCUGUCCGGCAAGGCGCGGACGCGGUGGAAGAAGGGCGUCUUCCUCAAGGUCGGCUUCUGGACGCGCCUCAAUUGCCCCCUCGACUUCUACUACCGCACCGGCAACGUCGCGCCCAUCGACCACGACACCUGCCGCUCCAGGUCGCCGUAGCACGACACAGCCCGGGCGACGCCCAUCGUCCUCCUCGGGCUCUCCUCCUCUGCUCCGCCCUGCUCUGCUUAGCCCGCCAAUGGCGUAUACUCUGCUACUCUAGUCAUUAUAGGUUCAUUCGUCUUAGCGACAAGAACGUGCGUACAUAUGCAGCUUAUACAGCAUUACCGAAGAAGAAAAUUACUUAUACAGGCAAACAAUGAAGAUAGUAGUAUGUAAAUAGCCCAGGAAAACUAUACAGCCAGCCCAAUAUGUGGUUCUGUACAGUACAUAUAUUGCAUAUGGAGCAGCUCAAAGUUCAACUCCA